AGGGAGGGCUGUCUCCACCCUUUCUGUCAAUCAGAUACUAUACAUGGGUCAAGGUAAACCCUCCUCUGAUUAUACAUUGCAAGACGGUAACAGGAAAUCAAUGUUGUUGGUAAACUCAGGUUACCCACGUGCUUCAUUCUGGGAUGACUCUUUUUUAAAUAGUCAACCACACCUAGCCACGCCUCAAGCUACCAACAUGCUUGUAAGUGAAUACAACAUAUCAGAGGCAAUUUUAGUUGAGGCCCAUAACCAGAUUGCAGAGGUACAUCAGCUACGUCCUGAAGAACUAGCACGUCCGUACACAGGCGUAAUGCAUUAUUGGAAAGGGGCAUCUCUGUACUCCUGGAAGGCCGGUGCUAACUUGGAAAUCAUUUCCAAACAAAUGAUCAAACCUUUUAAAGAUGCAAACGUGCACAUUGUUGGGAGUUGCUAUAGUAAUUCACAAUGGAUGGAGGGAGCUCUGGACUCAGUUGAAGUACUAUUAGAUAGGUAUUAUAACCAACAAAAUGAUACAUGGAUCUAAAACAAGGUGACGGCAGACGUAGACGAAGUAUCGAUUCAAGAAAACAUGAAUACUUUUCGAGAUGAGCAUAAACUUGAAAUAAAACAUUUUUUAAUUCUCGAAUAUCGGACAUUAGGCUAUUAGGGGCGAUAGUAUUUUUUAAUAAAGAGGACAGGGAAAUCAAAUUGUGUUUAUACUAACUUCUCUUUAUCGGCCCAAGACCUAUGGUUUGAACUGGAAGGGAAACAUUAGCAUUUUUGAGAUUGCUUUAAAAAGUUUACACCUUCAAUCUCUUCUUAUUCCUAAUAUUUA